GUUUGUUAUUAAACUGAGUUUUUGUGAUGGUUUUGAUUUCGGACGCUUUUGGCCUGGACGUCUCCCCCAAUGGGAUAUUGGUUGGUCAUGGAGAUCAGGCGGUGUUGUACAGCUCAAAGGCCAAAGUGGAAAUGCCGGUUCGCCUGCGGGAGGGAAAAGUUCGAGGAUUUGCGUGGAGUUCUCAGAGGAGUUCCCAAAGAUUGUUACUGCUGUAUAGCGAAAAUGAAUACUCCUUGAUUUUAAGGAGCUCCUCCAGUUCCGAGGAAGACCACUAUGAACUCAUCUACGAGGGCGAAACGAAGGAUUGGAUCAAUGCAGCCCAGUUUUUGGAUGACGAUGACAACGAAUCGGUUGAUAAACGGCGAUUUGUCCUGCACACAGCCCAUAGUGUCGUCCUGUAUAUGGAAUAUGAUCUUAAGUCGCCUGGGGAUUGUCAUAUAUUGGAAUUGGCCCGAUGCACAGAUAGUUCUAUUCUAUACUACACCAAAUUGCAUGGCAAAUCCUUCGAAAAACUGGCCAUAACUAGCGGAAAUGCCUUUGGAGAACUGCUGGUGUGGCAAACGCAGAUUCCCCUUGAAUCUGAAUCCGAUUCCCAAUCCAUGAUGAAGACCUAUCCCCUGCUCCUGCGUCUGCCAGCCCACAAUGGAGUUAUACACUCGAUUGAUUUCAGCCUAGAUCAUAAGUUAUUGGUCACCACAUCGGAUGAUCGAUCGGUCAAGUUCUGGAAUCUACAAAAACCGGGGGAUUGGACCACCGCCAAAGUUCAACCCAUUUUCAGUUGCUUCGGUCACAGUUCACGCGUAAUGUGCGUGGAGAUCUUCGAAAUGGAUGGUCAGCUACUAGUGGCCAGCGGCGGUGAGGAUUCCUACAUCUGCCUUUGGAGUUCAUCUGGAGAACUGCUCCUAAAACGUCGUCAACACUUUGGGGCACCCAUCUGGAAACUCGGAUUCAGCAGAGAUGAUAGCACGCUAUAUAGCACCAGUUCUACCGGUAAUUUAGUCGCCCAGAACCUUAAAGAGAUCCUCCAGACACCCAGAAACUCCCCAACUUUGCUAAGUAACUUUACCGAUGCCAAUGAGUUCGUGAGAAAUCUCAAGUUCGUAACGGAUGAGCUAAUUAUCGGUUUGAGUAGCUCGAAUCGGUUGUAUUACACGCGAAUUACGGGGGAUUCCUUGCAGGCGAACCACUGGCUGGUGGCCAGCGAUUUCCCCAGCUAUAAACGCACUGUUUUGGAGGUCUGCGAUGGCAUCGUGGCUACCUGUGGCCACCGGCGCAUAACUCUCCACCGUUACAACCCAAAGACAAAUGAUUUCGAGCUAAUUUUCGAUGGCAUCCGAAUGAAGGGCACCAUCCGCUCGUUUCAGUUCCUCAGCAGGGAUCUCUACCUGGUCUCCGAUAACCUCGGCUACUGUCUGCUCCUAAGAAGCCACCAGCUCAGCAUCGACUCGCACAUUGCGCUGUUCAACAACCGUGAGCCUUGGAUAACGGCUGCCCUGCUUAUCUCGGAGAAAUGCCUCCUGCUGGGCAAUCGCGAGGGUCAUGUGAUGCUCUACCAGCGCAGUGAUACCUCUAGUGACUUUCAAUUGAAGGAUACCAUUAAGUUUCUUCAUGGCAAAAUGGGUUCAAACUUCUUUAAGCUGAUUUCUAUUAAUGAUAAGUGUGCUCGCAUUUUAAGCGGUGGCCAUGAGGCCUUUUUAAAAUACCUCCAAGUGGAUUUAGUGGACUUUACUCUAUGCGUUGCCCAACGCGAGAGUGUUCCCCUUGCCUGGGUGGAAGCCUCGCCCUCGGAGGACCUCAUCCUGGGCUUCAACGACAAUCACAUUGUGGCCUGGUCCCGCCAGCACGAUGUCCUGCUGCAGUUGGCCUGCGGCGGUGGAAAUCGCUGCUGGGACUUCCAAUUGAGCGAUAAUCUACUAAGCAUAGCCUUUGUCAAGCAGAAGCGCGUGCUCUUCCAUCGGAACAACCUGUACAACAAAGUCACCAGUCGAAUUAAGGACAUACAACCGAAUAGCUGGCAUACACGCAACUGCAAUACUCUUCGACUUCUUAGACACCAGGAACAAACCUUUAUUGUCUCCGCUGGCGAUGAUAAUAUCAUAAAGGUGACGCAGGUUCUCAAGAAUUCGCUGCUUCAGUGCGCUGAACUGCACUCGCACAUUUCAACUGUUCGCAGCCUGCAAAUACAUCGCCUCCAAUCGAGUACAUGGCUUAUUUUCUCAGUUGGCGGAAGAUCGCAGCUCUGUAUUAGCCAGCUAAGCAUAGACAUGUCGAAUAUUUGUCACAUCACAGAGUUAUCCACCCAUACGCUGCAGAAUGUAAUGGUAGAGAAAACUAAAACAAGCACCAUUGAAGCCCGACUGAUGGCAAUUGAUGUUGCCCAGCAUUCCGAGGCGGAAACUUUCUCAAUUUAUGUGGCCUCCGCCGAUGGAAACAUAAGCCAUUAUAUCUGGAACCUAGCAGAACCCUCGCAACUCCACCUAAAGUCCUUUGCAGACCUCAAACGCUGCCCACUGAGCAUUCAGUGGAUUGGAAACAAGUCUAUACUACUCGUAUCCACAUCAAACGGCGAAGUUUACGGCUUCGAUGAAGCACUACAAACGAUAUGCAUUCAACUGCAGCUCCAUGUGACGGGCAUUAAUACGAUAGAUAUAUACGUAAAUGAUAAUCUGCUGCACAUUUUAUCAGGAGGCGAUGAUGAGAAUAUCAAGUACACAGUACUCAAUUUGGAUAGCAAGAGCAUCGAGUUUAAAACUGAGUUCUUGGGGCUUCACAAUGCCCAGGUGAAUGCCUUGGCCAUAAAUUGUCUGGGAUCUGAAUUGCAUGCCUAUAGCUGCAGCAUAGAUAGACAGAUCUAUAGGAUAGAUCUCAGGAGCCAUGUGUACAGCCGAAUUGGUUACACCUGCAUAGCGGAUGUGAAGGGAAUGCUCAUCGACGAACAGCAAAGAUUAUAUUUCUACGGCUGCGGAUUGCAAAUUCAAAGUUAGCUGGAUGUUAAU